GCUGCGCCAGUGUCCGCGCCCUGCUCCCCGCAGGCCCCCGCCGGGAAUGGAGCCCAGCUCCCGGCGGCGGGGCAGUUGCCGCCCGCUGGUCUCCCCUUUUCUGCGCGACCCGGCCUCGGGUCGCGUCUACAAGCGCGGGAAACUGAUCGGCAAGGGUGCCUUCAGCCGCUGCUAUAAGCUGACCGACUUGUCUACAAGCAGCGUGUUUGCUCUCAAGGUGGUGCCGCGUCGUGGGGCCGGAGCUGGGGGUCUGCACCCCUGUGGGAAGGUGGAGCGAGAGAUUGCCCUGCACAGCCGCCUGCGACACCGCAACAUCGUGGCCUUCCAUGGGCACUUUGCUGACCGUGACCACGUGUACAUGGUGUUGGAGUACUGCAGCCGCCAGUCUCUGGACCAUGUGCUGGAGGCGCGGCGGACUCUGACAGAGCCUGAGGUACGCUACUACCUGCGGGGCCUGGUCAGCGGCCUGCGCUACCUGCACCAGCAGCAUAUCGUGCACCGAGACCUAAAGCUCAGUAACUUUUUCCUGAAGAAGAACAUGGAGGUGAAGAUCGGGGACCUGGGGCUGGCUGCCAAGAUGGGGCCAGGGGGCCGAUGCCACAGAGUGCUCUGUGGGACUCCAAACUUCCUGGCCCCAGAGGUUGUCUCCAGGAACGGGCACUCCUGUCAGUCAGACAUCUGGGCUUUGGGCUGCGUCACGUACCUGGUUCUGACUGGCUCCCCUCCCUUCAUGGCGGCUCCCCUGUCAGAGAUGUAUGAAAAUAUCCUAGCCAGCCGUUAUCCUGAGCCUACCCACCUGUCACCCAAUGCCUGUCGCCUCAUUGCGCGCCUGCUGGCACCCAACCCAGCUGAGCGGCCCAGCCUGGACCACCUACUGCAGGACGACUUCUUCACACAGGGCUUCACUCCAGACCGGCUGCCACCCCACUCCUGCCACAGCCCACCCAUCUUUGCCAUUCCCCAGCCUCUGGGCAGGCUUUUCCAGAAGGUGGGCCAGCUGCUGCUGAGCCAGUGCCAACUACCCUGCCCCCAUACUCCCAAUGAGGCCUCGUGUCCAGGAGAAGAUGGUUCAGACCCUGAUUCCAUGGAGUUGGGCAUUGAGGCUCCCCUAUUAGAGAGAGGGGCUCCCCAGCCUGAGGUCUCAGUCUACCUGCUCAACCAAGGGACCCUCCAGAGUGACCCAGCUGGGCCUGCGGGGAGCUCAGUGCAGGAGGUGGAAGAGGCCGUUAGAAACCUGCAGCUCUGCCUGGACCCUGGGCCUCCAGCCAUGCAGGGACCCCCAAGAGAACAGCGGUCCAUCCUCUGGGCCCCCAAGUGGGUGGAUUAUUCCAGCAAGUACGGCUUUGGCUACCAGCUGUUGGACGGGAGCAGUGGUGUCGCUUCGGGAUGGCACCCACAUGGCCCUGCGCCCCCCAGGGGGGAGGGGGACCUGCCUGUGCCCACUGAGUCUGCUAGCCCCAGCCUCUGCCUGCUGCGCUUCCUUGUGUCCCAGCAGGCCCUGCUGCUGUUCUUCAGUGAUGGAACCCUGCAGGUCAGCUGCAGUGGAGACCAGGUUCAGCUGGUGCUGAGUGGUGGGGGCGAAGAGUUGCUGCUCACGGUCUGGGAACGGGGCCAGCCUCAUACCUCCUACACUCUGGGGAUGUUGCAGAGCCACGGCUGUCCCCCAGCUGCUCGCCACCACCUGCUUCAUGCUCUCCGCAUGCUGCAGAGCAUCUAGCGCCCCCUAGGGUCAGACUGGACCUCUGCAUGUUGAUGCCAGGGACCCAGGCUCCAUUUCUGUUCUCCUUGCUCUAGAGGGGAUGUCCUUGGGGGUAGUUGGUGGGGAGCAUGCAGGUGCGUGGGAGGUGGGGGUUCUUGCCUCAUGGCGUGACUGUUCAACCCAGACU